AUGACCGUAGAGAACAAGCCCGAUCGCUCCGCCGUGGGGACGAUGAGCACGGAGCGCUUGCCCAUCGUCGACAUCAGCCCCUACCUCGACGACUCGGCCACGGACGAAGAUAGGCGGAAGGCUCGUGAUGCACUCGACAGCGCGUGCAGAGAGUUUGGUGAGUGCUGCGUGGCUGGGACAGGAUAG